GGUAAGGAAGACGAGAAGGAGGCAAGACUUGAGGCAACAUUUGAUCCCAGAUUGGAAAGUUAAGCGUUCCCUUUGGCGCAUAUAAGAGCCAGGCAGCCAUCAGAGGCCACCGUUGAGACUUUUCUGCCGCUCUUUCGGAUUUAAGAGGACGCCCGGUUGAUAAAGAUAUUACUCCUUUGGUUGCCAGUUAUUAGACGCAAUUCUCUCCGUGGUGCAGUGGAAUCGGACACCGCUCGACACAAACCAGGGAGCAGCAUGUCCCUCACCUCCAUCCUCUCAUCUGAGGACAUUGAAAAUGCUGUAAAGGAUUGUCAAGCUCCAGACUCAUUUUGCCACAAGAAGUUCUUCGGGCUGUGCGGCCUCUCCUCUAAGACGCCACAGGAGGUCCAGAAUGUCUUCCAGAUGCUCGAUGAGGACAACAGCGGCUACAUCGAGGAGUCCGAGCUCAAGUUUUUCCUGCAGAGGUUUUCCCCAGGAGCACGGACGCUGACUGAGGCCGAAACCAAGAGCUUCAUCUCAGCAGCUGAUGACGACAGCGAUGGACGGAUUGGAGCACAGGAGUUCCUGAUGAUGGUCCUCUCCUGAGUGCUGCAUGUGGAAUUUUCUGAUGUUAUUAUUCUUAUUUCUCAGUGGAUAUGUUAUCUUUAUUUUUGUUCAUGCAUAUGCAAUAUAUAUUCCUUUGUGUUCCGUCUGUGUUGUCCACUGCACCGCUGACAAUGAAAUACUGUGCAUGAAAAAAAUGUGGCCUCUUCAAUAAAGUUGGC